UGCUCAAUGAUUUGUUCUCCUCAUGGACUAUGGGAUGAUGUUGUUUGUGACAACCGCUACUGCGCAGUUUGCUGUGAGGUCACAGGACCGAAUGUGAGAUUUCUCUCCACUGAUGGUGUAAUGACAUGGACUGAGGCCCAGAGCUACUGCAGAGAACACCACACAGACCUGGCCAGUGUGAGAAACCCGGCGGAGGAGCAGCAGAUUGUUGAGCUGUUACCUGGAGGGAUAUAUUGGAUCGGCCUUUCCAGAGACUCCUGGAAGUGGUCCGAUGGAAGUUUCUCCUCCUUCAAGUACUGGGCAGAAAAUGAACCUAAACACAGAGCUUUUAAGGUUUGUGUGGCUGCAGCUUUCCAUGACUCUGGAAAAUGGGAGGGCUUGUACUGUGGGUUGAAGAAACCAUUCAUUUGCUACGGACGUGAGUAACACGAAGAUUCACUGUUAAAUUCCAU